UUACCGCCAAUUAUUAAAACAACGCAAUAAGGAUCUUUCAAGAUAUAACAUUUUGACAGUCGACGACUGGACUUUGAACCCUAUUCAUGAGUCAUUCCCCUUUGGACGAACUCUUCAAUACAUUCACCAAAACAGCUGAUUAGGUGCGCUGUACAUGUGUAAUGCGCCUUCUAAUACACAGUUUUCCCACGCGGGCGAACACUUGCUGACUGGGCGACUAAAUCAAACACACUGUAACAGAUUAAGACGAUGUCGGCCGUUGUGGUCUCGCUGAUUCUUUUGGGACUUUUCUGUGCCGUGUUCCGACUUCUUCAUCUGUCCAUCUAUGCAGGGGAACCUAAACUGUUCUACAAGGAAGGCUCCCACUUCGUAAAGUCUGUGUUAGAUCUAUGUCCAAUAUUCAAAGAAGUUUAUUUACCACCGCUGAUAUGGGGAAAGAGUGGACACUUACAGACAUUUAUUUAUGCCAAGCUGGGAAGAGUGAAGUCCCCUUAUCCUCUGGGGAAGCGCAUCAGUGUCAAGAUGUCAGAUGGCGCCACAAUGACGUUUGACGUGUUUGAGCCACAUAAACCUCAUCCGACAGAAGGUGAUUACACCAUGGUCCUGUGUCCGGGUAUAGCCAACAGCAGUGAGACGACCUAUAUCUGUACGUUUGUCCACUACGCCCAGGAGCGGGGGUACAGGGUGGCAGUCCUGAACCACCUGGGGGCCCUCUCCAGUGCCCCACUCACCAGCUCAAGGAUGUUUACUUAUGGGGGUACAGAGGAGUAUGGGGCCAUGGUGGAUGAGGUCCUCAGGAGACACCCUGACACCCGGCUGAUGGGGUUGGGGUUCAGUAUGGGAGCGAAUGUGGUGGUCAAGUAUGUGGGUGAGGACAUCUCCAGACAGGAAAAGUUCCUCUGCCUCAUGUCUCUCUGUCAGGGCUACGAUGCAGAAAAAGCUAUUGAUCUCGGAAAGGACUGGGCCCAUCUAAGGAGAAUGUACGCUUAUGUCAUGACGUCAAACCAGAAAAAGAUGUUACGGCGACAUUAUGACAUGUUACUGGGGAAAGAAGUGCAAGAGAAAUAUAACAUUGACCCAGAGCUUGUGCUGGCCUCUACUACAUUAUAUGAACUAGACGAGGCAUACGGUCGGAGGAGGGCGGGGUUUGAAAGCGUUGAAGAGUACCAUAGAAAACACAGCUGCUGUUUCUGCAUGGACAAGGUCACUCUGCCCAUGUUCCUAUUGAAUGCGACAGACGAUCCAUUAGUCCCCCCACCACUGGUGGAGAUAGGAAUCCAAUACGCAAAAACACAUCCCAAUAGCAUAUUGGUGGAAACCAGGCAUGGCGGCCAUCUUGGAUUCUUUGAGAGUGGGAUUCUGACCCCUGACCCCAUCACCUGGUUAGACCGGUCAGCUCUUCAGUAUGCGGAAGCCAUUGUGACCUUAUUUGUUGCCAACAGUCUGCCUCAUCUAAAGUUGAAAGCCGCCUGAAACAAAAAUGGUGAUAUUGUGUUUUUUUCAGCACAACUGCAGCAUCUUGCCUCCAUUCCAAGAGCACCUGUCGUUAUGUGUUUAAAUUUCAAAUUGAUUCAAUUUUCAUCAUCUUACACAUUAUUUAAAAAUGUCGAUUGAAAAGCAUUGACAAUCUGCCUCAUUAAAAAAUGAAAGCCGUUUGAAACAAAAGUGGUCAACGUGAUAUAAUUUUGUGUCAAAACAACUGCAGCAUUUUCCCUCUGGUCAAAAAGCACCAAGCUGCCAUUAUGCGCGUAAUUUUUUUGUUUAAUUUUCAACAACCUACACAUUAGUUAAAAAUGUUGAUCAAAAAGCAUUUUCCAUUUUUUUUAUAAAAUAUUUUUUACUUCCUUCAUGGCCAUGAUUUUUAAUUUUAUAAAAAUGAACUAAAGAUCUUGCAUUAUUGACAAUCUCCUUAUUAAGGAGAUAUCAUAAUUCAUAUAUGUAAGGUUUUAUUGCUUGUAUUUAGUUAAAGAAUAAAAACCAGAGGAGCAAUUUAAUUACAUGCAAAAGUUCUUAUGUUUACAUGUACAUAAUCCCUCUAGAAAAUGUUGGUAUGGAAUAUUCAAGUUCCAUAAAAUUGUGACAGUGAGACACAUUUAUAUCAUUCUUCUAUGCAAAAACUGUCGAUUCCUAUUAACAAACACAAUGAAUUAAUAUCUGCGUGAAAUUGCGAGAAGGAUAUCUUAAGGAUUUUAGAAUUUGGCUUUUUUUUUUUCGAACAGAUGUAAACUAAAUGAAACUAUGAUAAAAAAAAAUUUGAAUUUCGCGAUUUUAAAUUCUCAUGAUUUGAUGCAAAAUGAAUGAAUCGCAAAAUUUAGGUACUGAGUCUCGCAUAAAAUAAGAAAUCUUUGUUAAUAAAGGCAUUUCUGUAAAAUUUUAGUACGAAAAAUGAGACACAAACUGUAAUCACCUUUAUAUUUGUUUUUAAAUUUCAAAAUAAUAAUAAAUAGUCUAUUGUUGAUAAUCAGAACUGUAGGCAUACAUAUAAAUGACCAUGAAUCAAACUUUGUGAUAUUAAUGUCUGUGUAUCUCUAAUAUGAAAAUAUAAAUGUUUAUUGAUCAGAAUUCCAGCUACUUUUUAUUAAGACUUUGUAUGAUAUUUCCAUGGGUACUAGUAUAUACUUUUUAAUUUAUGUGCCAUAAUUACACUUUAUUAAGCCUUAUUUUCAUCCAUUUAUAUUGCCUUUAUAUGUAUCAAUACAUUAUAAUGUUAGUAGUCAGAAUUUUUGUUUUUGGUAAUUUACAAUUUGUUUGUUUUUCGUUUGAUUGUUUGAUUGUUUUUAUAUCAAAAUUUAUAGUUAGAAUAGACACUUGGAGUGCAACCUCUCUUUUGGUUGUGGCCUAUAGGUAUUUAGUGACGUAGUUUGAUAGAAAUACAUAGACAGCUAGAGGUUCAAUUUCUGAUUUAUAGGUUUAGAUUUUCUAUGUUUUUACUCUCUAUUUUUUUUUUAAUUGUUAAAUGUAUGAGAGAUAACAAAUUAAUUUGCCUUUCAUACAAAUUAACAUCACGUACAUUCUUUCAGUUACCUCUUUCGCCUUUGAUACUGUUAAUUUUUAUGAAAUGUAUAUCAUCAAAUAAAUCACAUUACAGAUAUAAGUUUGCACUGAUAAUUUUGCAAAUUUUAUUUUUAUGUUUAGAAUCACUAUCCCAAUUGUUUUCUCCCUUUAUAUGUAGAAUUGAAAUGUUUGUUUUUAACUCUAAACUCUUUGAAACUGAAUAAUAAGUACAUCCAAACUUAAUUGCACUAAAAAAAAAAGGUGACUUGCGUUUAUCAGUACGUGAAUGCACCAGGAAUAAGAAUGAAUAAUUGCGUUAUUAAUCAUAUUAUACAAAAGGUUUAGACCAAUGGAAAUGAAAUACAUAGUGUUUGUAUAUAUAAAAGGAUAUCCUCUUUUUUUAAAUUUAAAUGAUUUCAAUGUGGUAUUUGUUAUGAAUUAUAGAUUCAGACCCUUAGCAAUAUAGAUGAUGCCUUUACCGGAUUUUUCUAAAAAGGGAAAGUGGGCUACGGUUUCCGAUAAAUUAAGAAAAUAUGAUACAUGUAAUUUUAUGAAAAUAAGACGUUUAGUGUUUGUUUUGAUUUUUCUGCCAAAAUAUUAUUAAAUUGGCUGUUCACAUUUAUAUGACACAUAUUUUUUAAAAAUUGACUUGUGUUUGUUUGUUUGUUUGGGUAAAGCAGGAAAAGCUACUAGUUUAUGACUUAUUGAUUUGGCAAUUUACAGUGGGUUCUUGUUUGAUGUACAUGUGCUUGCCAAUAGGAUUUUACAUGUAUUAAUGAAUUCUAUUUUGUCAUUAACUUCGUUAUUUGUGAGAUGGUGAAAUUGUCGCAGUUGAACAUUUUAUAUCUCGUGCAUCUUUUGAAUUUUUUUUUUAAUAACAUGUCUUAAUUUUGGUUUGUUUCUUCAUAUAACAAAACAAAUGUUGACUGUGUUUUCGGGCAACAUUGAUUAUAUUAGCCCCCUUGGGACGAAAAUAUUGCCCUCUGCUUCGCGUUGGGCAAUAUUUCGUCCCUCGGGGGCUAAUAUAAUCAAUGUUGCCCUCAACCCCAGUCAGUAUUUGUAUAUUGUUAAAUAAUAAUUUUGUCACUUGAAAGGAGGUAAAAAAGAGUUAUGUCAAAAACAAUGGAAACUACCUCUUGAAUUGCAGGUUUCUUUGUAAAGAAACCAAAAUGUCUACUUGUCAAUAUAUGUGUAUCAUAAAUGUAUAAGUAAAAUAUAAGCUUUGUUGAAGCACAGUACAAAUUACAAAGAUAGAAAAUAUAACUUUAUUUAUCAUAAUAUAACUAUAUUAAAUCUGUUUAUAUAAAAACUUAAAUUUCGAAUUCAUAUUUUGCACAGUCGAUUUGUAAAACUUUAUCAAUAGAAUUUUUUUUAUUUUUUUUUUAUUUUUAUAUCAGAUCAAUAGUUUUUGAUAUAGGUGUUUUAUAACAUUGAAAAGCCAUAAAGAAUAUACAUAGGUAAUAAGUCCAAAAGACUUAAAAUUUAAUGUUGAAACCUGUAUAUACAAUAGUAACAUAUUUAAGAAAUCAAACACCAGUAUUUUCAAAACUGUUAGGAGUCUCUUGAAAAAAAAAAUGUACAGGAAAUACCUAUUAUAUAUGUGAUUCUUGCCUCCUUACUUUAUGAUUGUGGAUUUCAUAUAUCUAUAUUUUUUUUUUAUAGAAAACCUACUUGUCAGAUUGGUAGUUCAAUUUUUUUUU